AUGACCGAAAAAGUCGAUAAACUAAUUUCUGACACCACUGCAUUUAUGGAGGAUUACCCAUCUACCUACAACAACAACACCGCCUCUACAAAUGCAGCUCUACAAAAUUUGGUCUCCAUGUCAAAGUGUUGGGUCAAACUAGAAAAUGUUGAGAAAAAGGUCAAGGAUCUGUUAUCUGAGAGGGAAGUCAUGCGAAGCUGCAUUUCAAAUGUUACAUGCUUACUCUUAGAUAUCAUUAAGACCAAGGACUCAAUGAUUACCUUCACAGUUUGGAAUCAUUUAGCUGAAAAGUUACAUUCCGUAUUUGCGAUGCUUCACCGACUGGAGGGUGUUUCACCUCAGAACUCUGAUCCGAAACAAGGGGGAGAACGUGGAUUUGGAGUGUCAAGAAACAAAUUGCCUAAAGCCCUAGCCACCCCAUUGUCAAGAAACAACCUAAGGGCAAGGAAAAACUAA